AUGGCAGCUCAAGAUACAGAUAACCCGGCCGCUCCGGCAAUUUCCGCCUUCACAACUCUACUGGAAGAUCUCCUUUCUCAGGCAGAGAGGUCGAAACAAUCUGCGACUAUCGAACCAGCAUUGCGCAAGUCCGAUUUCGACGACCUUUCGGGACGAAUCACCACAACUACAGCCGAAAUUGCCAGCCCAGCUGACGAGAGCGUCAAGCCAGCGAACGACAAAGGUCAACAGUUCGCCAUAAUAGAAACUGCGGCCCGUAACAUAUUUAGUCAUCUUAUUGCGACAACUACCAUCGAUUCCCCCAAUUAUGUCAAAGUGUGGAAUCUCCUCGACAUUCUUUCGAUUCUCUCCGACGAUGGCCAAUGCGACCCUGCGCUCUUGUUCUGGCUAGCCGAGGAGCUUCUAGACAGCCAGACUAUUGCUGGGUGUCGUAAGAUCUUUGAUUUCCUCGAAUCGAGACGAGAACGAAUCACAGCGAACCACUUCAAACAGAAACAGUUGAUUAUUCUCCGAACAUGUAACGAAUUGCUGCGACGGUUGUCCCGUGCAGAAGAUACUGCUUUUUGCGGCCGAGUCUUCAUCUUCAUGUUUCAGAGCUUUCCGCUCGGGGAUAAGAGCUCUGUGAAUCUUCGAGGCGAAUACCACGUCGAAAAUGUCACGACAUACGAGAAAGUGACUACCGACGACGAUUCCAAAAUGGCUUUGGAUGUGCCAGACGAGCAGUCAGAGUCAAGGUCCAUACCCAAGUCAACAGAUUCCAAAAAGGAAGAUAAGGAGAAGCCUUUACCGACCGACGAGCUAUACCCACUGUUCUGGUCUCUUCAGGAAUAUUUCAGUCAACCAAAGAAGCUUUUUGAAACGAAAAAUCUGUCGUCCUUUAAAGAGAGUCUGGCGGCGACGAUGAAUGUUUUCCAGACAGUUCAUAAUGACUCCAAACGGAGCCUCAAGCGAAAACGGGAGACUGGCGAAGAAGAUGAGGGUUCUAAUGCUUUCAACCCCAAAUACCUCACCAGCAAAGACUUAUUCGACUUGGAGAUCAGUGACCUAUCAUUCCGACGGCACAUUCUAGUGCAAGCUCUUAUUAUUAUGGAUUUCCUUCUUGCACUAUCCGGGCAGGCACGAGACAAGCUUGCAGAAACUUUGCCAGCCACGGCCAACAUAAACAAGGCUGUCAUGUAUGGCGAUCAGGUGUUGAAUGAAGAGGAUGCCAAAUGGGCGAGUGACAUGAAGAAGACUAUUGCAGAUUAUCUCCGUCAGGGGCCUGAUGGACCAUACUUUUAUCGAAUGGUGGAAACCGUCCUGGCUAGGGAUAAGAACUGGGUUCGCUGGAAGAUCGAAGGCUGUCAACCCAUCAAACGCGAUCCCGUCGCAGCGCCUGUCUUUAUAGAGGCGAAGGGCAAUGUUCAACGCUUGGCCACUAGCAAGCGGUUAAGAGCAGUCCCAAUGGGUUCUGUCUCGUUGGACUUUCUCAGGGAAGACGACGAGGAGACAGCAAUGGGCCGGCUCAAGGCCAAGGAGAGGUAUGAACUUCCAGCGCUUGAUGCGUUCAAACGAAAAAUUGCCGACGACGACUUUGAGAUUGAAAUGCCGACAAACGAUCAAACAAAGGCCGCUGCUGUUGCUGGCAAGGCUAGCAAGAGUUGGAGAGCUCUACGAAUUGCGGCGCGGACAAAGCUUGCCGCAUUUGACAAGAUUGAGGAUCCUAAAAAGAUUGGCAUCGUUUUUGAGGAGCUCACGGAAGCCGAUGAUGAUGCGGAUGCUUCUGAACCUACAGCCAGUGAUGAGGACAUGCCCACAAACCGAGAACCCAUCAUUGUCUCGGGUAUCACAGGUGUUGGCUGUUCAGCAACCAUCGCCAAGUUGAUGGAGGAGAGGAAGGGUGUUUUCGCUACUGUUGUCAGACACACUACACGGGAACCGCUCGACGGUGAAGUCAACGGCAAGACUUUCCACUUCGUCAAGCAACAAGAAUUCAACCAACUCCGCGAUGGCGAUCGUCUGAUAGAAUCAGGUACUCGCGAUGGGGUUGAUUAUGGAACAAGUUCCAAAGCCAUCGACGCUAUCACAGAGACGGGCAAAGUUCCCAUAAUCGAGUUGGACAUCGAGGCUGCGCAGUACGCCAAAGACAUGGGCUUCGAAGCACGUUACGUGCUCAUCAAGGCCUCAACUCCCGAAGCGCUCAAGCAGAGACUCAAGGCUUCAGGCGAGGAAGACUCUACCACCCAAGAAAUACUGAAGAGACUACCGACAGAGCUUGAACCAGGAAAGGUAGACGAGCUAUUCAACACAAUUAUUGUCGACGACGAUGAGCAAGCAGCAGUUAAAACUCUUGGGGACUAUAUCUACGGGAAGGGUGAGACUGAGCCUGCUGGAGAGUCUGGCUCAGAGGACACGGCUAUGAAGGAAGAGGAUGAAGCAAUUGCUGAUGAUACCGAGACAAAGGAGGCUACAAUGACGGAUGCGUAA